UCUUUUGAAAAUUUUUGUGUGUAUCAUUACUCUUUUGAGACUCGCACCCAAAAAAAAAAGUUGAGAGAGAGAUCAUCAAUGGCUUCAAGACCAAGAGGUCGUCCAAGAAAGAAAGAUACUCGUCUGGCUGCAGCACUUGACGCCAUGCGCCCCUAUGGAUUUCCUCAAGAUUUGGUCGAAGUCACCGUAGGAGAGCUACUCAAUGUUUAUGGUGGAAAUGAAGGAUGGGUCUUUAUUGAAGAUUCUUCUUACUCUGUCCUUGUUGAAACAUUACUUGAAAAAACAAAUGCUCCACAAGAUCAGCAGGAUGAUUCUCCUCAACAUGAUCCGGGAGAUGCAGAUAAUAGAGAAUCUUCAGCUGUUGGGUCAUCCAUACCUACUUGCUCCAACUCAGGGGCCAAUGCUAUGUUGCUAACGAACCAGGCUUUGGACUCGGCCUCACAGCCUAAUGAGGCUCCAGACAGUGCACAUGAAUCUCAUGGUAUGCGUUAUCUCCCACCGGCAGCAAGUUCUGGUGGUGCUGAAGCUCCUGGGGAUAGGCUUGCCCAGUCACCUCCACCUAAUGCGGAUGGUAUGCGUUAUCUCCCACCACCACAGGCAGCAAGUUCUUGUGGUGCUGAAACUUUUGGGAACAGUCUUGCCCAGUCACCUCCACAUAUUGCAGAUGGUUUGAUUUAUCUCCCACCACUACCACCAGCAAGUUCUGGUGGUGCUGAAACUCUUGGGAAUAGUCUCGGCCAAUCACCUCCACGUAUUGAAGAUGGUAUGCGUUAUCUCCCACGGCCACUGGCAGCAAGUUCUGGUGGGGCUGAAACUCUUGGGAACAGUCUUGCCCAGUCACCUCCACAUAUUGCAGAUGGUAUGCGCUAUCUCCCACGGCCACCGGCAGCAAGAACUGGUGGGGCUGAAAAUCUUGGGAACAGUCUUGGCCAAUCACCUUCACAUAUUGCAGAUGGUAUGCAUUAUCUCCCACGGCCACCGGCAGCAAGUUCUGGUAGGGCUGAAACUCUUGGGAACAGUCUUGCCCAAUCACCUCCACAUAUUGCAGAUGGUAUGCACUAUCUCCCACGGCCACUGGAAGCAAAUUCUGGUGGUGCUGAAACUCUUGGGAAAAAUCUUGCCCAGCCGCCUCCAUAUAUUGCAGGUAGUAUGCGUUAUUUCCCACCACCACUGGCAGCAAGUUCUGGUAUGCGUUAUCUCCCACCACCACAUGUGAACCAAUUCCCACUACCAGAUAUUCGUCCUACCCGAAGGAGGCGACCUUACCAUGGCUGGAUUAGCAAUGAUGAGGAAAUUGAUCUAGUGCAACUGACACCAGCUCCAUUGCCAGAGGGAAUAGCAAAGUUGCUUAAGCAGCUAGAUAAGUAGAGAAAGCCUAACCUCAUUUGGUUGGGAGAGGAUAGAAAGAGCAUUUGGUAGGGAGGAUAGAUGAUAAAAAAUGGGAGGUAAGAAAAACUGGAAGGAUAGAAAGAAUAUUAAUGAUUCAAAAGUGAUAGGAUAGAGAAGAAAUUAGUUGAAGGACGAAAACUGAUGUAAAUUUCCUUAUAUUUGGCUGAAAAGAAAAUGAGAAAAAUGAAAAUUUAAAUUGUAUAGAUUUUUAUGUUAUGCACACAUAUGAGAAGUAGUUGUUUCCCAUUA